GUAAACAGCAUGGCGGCGUCUGUGCGGUUGUUCGGUGCUGCGGGAGGACGUCUCGUCAAGAACCUUCUAAAGACAACCCCACUAACUCAGUGUUUGAGACAAAGAGCCACACAAGCUGCAUCUCAAAUAGCCCUCAAUGUACCAGAGACCAAGUUGACCACACUGCCUAAUGGCCUCAGAGUGGCAUCUGAAGACUCUGGUCUGUCUACCUGCACAGUGGGUCUGUGGAUCGAUGCUGGGAGUCGAUAUGAGAACGAUAGGAACAAUGGCACAGCUCACUUCUUGGAGCACAUGGCCUUUAAGGGUACAAAGAAGCGAUCCCAGUUAGAUUUGGAGCUGGAGAUAGAGAACAUGGGAGCCCACUUGAAUGCCUAUACCUCCAGAGAGCAGACGGUGUAUUACGCCAAAGCCUUUUCUAAGGAUCUCCCUAGAGCUGUGGAGAUUCUUGCCGACAUCAUCCAAAACAGCACACUGGGGGAGGCGGAGAUUGAGCGUGAGCGUGGAGUCAUCCUUCGAGAGAUGCAGGAGGUUGAGACUAACCUACAGGAGGUUGUUUUUGACUACCUGCAUGCUAUUGCAUAUCAGGAAACAGCUCUAGGAAGAACUAUUCUCGGACCUGCAGAAAACAUCAAAACGAUAAACAGAGCAGACCUUGUGGAGUAUAUUACAACUCACUACAAAGGGCCAAGAAUCGUGCUGGCUGCAGCAGGGGGAGUGUCCCACAAUGAACUAAUAGAUUUGGCUACAUACCACUUUGGGAAGCUGCCAGCCAGAUACAGGGGUGAAGCACCAGCAUUACCUUCAUGCAGUUUCACUGGAAGUGAGAUUCGUGUAGGAGACAAUAAGAUGCCCCUGGCACACAUUGCAAUUGCAGUGGAGGCAGUAGGCUGGUCUCACCCUGACACCAUUCCACUCAUGGUGGCCAACACCCUCAUCGGAAACUGGGAUCGCUCCUUGGGCGGUGGUGUGAAUCUGUCAAGUAAACUGGCACAGAUGGCAUGCCAGGGGAACUUAUGUCACAGCUUCCAGUCGUUUAAUACCUGCUACACGGAUACAGGGCUGUGGGGACUCUACACUGUGUGUGAACCAGGCACUGUUAGAGACAUGGUGCACUUCACCCAGCUCGAAUGGAUGUCUCUGUGUACCAGUGUGUCAGAGAGUGAGGUAGCAAGAGCGAAGAAUCUCCUGAAAACCAACAUGCUGCUUCAUUUAGAUGGUUCCACACCUAUUUGUGAAGACAUUGGGAGGCAGAUGUUGUGCUAUGGUCGCAGAAUCCCACUGCAUGAACUGGAGGCCAGAAUAGAUGCAAUAGAUGCAAAUACCAUUAAGGAAGUGUGCACUAAGUAUAUCUACAACAAAGCUCCAGCUAUAGCAGCUGUUGGGCCCAUUGACCAACUCCCAGACUACAACCAGAUCAAAAGUGGCAUGUACUGGUUAAGAACCUGAGAAGCAACAGGAGUAUCUAUGUUGUAACAAACCAGGGGUAUUUAUGUAGUCUGUGCAUUUUUUUUUAUUUUAUUAUAAAAUAAACACCAACACAAUAAUGUUAAAAGAA